GUGGCCAGGGUGGCUUUCUCGAGCUGGGAUGAAGGACUUGAGCAGAAACUCAUUGCCAGCUUCUUCCCCGCGUGAGUGCCGACCGAGUCCCAGGUCCCCCAUCUUCCCCCGGGACACUGUGCACGGUGCCUGGUCUUGAACAGCCAUGACGAUGGAGGUGCUCCCCACGGCCCUGGAGGUAGACGAGAAGUCUCCAGAAUCCAAGGACCUGCUGCCCAGCCAGACAGCCAGCUCCCUGUGCAUCAGCUCCAGAAGUGAGUCUGUCUGGACCACCACCCCCAGGAGCAACUGGGAAAUCUACCGCAAACCCAUCAUCAUCAUGUCAGUGGGAGCUGCCAUUCUGCUCUUUGGUGUGGCCAUCACCUGUGUGGCCUACAUCUUGAAUGAGAAGAAUAAGGUUGUACCCGUCCUCAAGAUGAUAGGCCCUGCCUUCCUGUCCUUGGGACUCAUGAUGCUGGUGUGUGGGUUGGUGUGGGUGCCCAUCAUCAAAAAGAAGCAGAAGCAAAGGCAGAAGUCCAACUUCUUCCAAAGCCUCAAGUUCUUCCUCCUGAACCGCUGAUGGCAGCCUGACCAGAAGAUCUGCUGACCAGCAUCCAGCCUCCUAACCUUCUCUCUGGGUACCACAAAGCUGAUCCAAGCAAACCCUCCUCUUGGCCCUGAGGGCAGGACAGAGCUCAGGGUCUCACCCUCACACAACCUAACAGUGUUUCUGGCUGAGUCUCACCUGGUUUCUCCAUCGCUGUUGAUGCUCUCUCGGAUAUUCUCAAUAUUCUCAUCAUUUAAUCAUCAUCCAGCCCACUCUCUCUGACAAGGGCAGUGCAUGCUGGGAAAUUCUCUGGGGGUUGACUAUGCUCCUAAGAAGAACUUCAUGUUAUAAUUGUGUGUCUAAGCUGGAUUCCACAUCUGCAUCCUUCUGGAACCAAAACUGAUCAAGGAGGGAAGGAUGACUUCAGACCCACUGAGUUUGUCAGUCUUGGCUCCCUCCUUGGGUGAGACAUUGACUAGCAUUAUAAGAGAUAGGACAGUUCUCAUGUAUUACACAUUCCAAAAUCUGGACAGGGGUGGGGGAUGGGGAAAAAAAACACUGUCCAGGGCAGAUCAUUCCUCUGGGCAUUGUUCUAGAAGUUAGCUAGCCAAAGAAGUUCAUUCCCAAAUCCAUAGUAUUGACACCAGAGGCAAUAAGGCAGGCUAAGUGGUGUCACGGUCUCCCCUUGACCCUCCAAUGCCCUUAUCACAGACUGCCUUCAUCUUGGCAAUUAGUCAAGAACAAAUAAAUGCUCCUUGUUCUAACUCCUUCCCCCACGCCAACUCUGUCUCUACACAUUGCUAGAACAGAAGGAUGGAAGGGCACAGAUGGUCAUCUUCUCUCCCUCUCAAUCAAGACCUAACCUGAGAUGGAACGCCAUGUCCAAAUGUUCCAUGGGAUUCUAGAGACAGAUUCACCAAAGAUCCCAACCUCUGUCAUCCCUGCUCCUCCCCCACCAAACAAGCAAGUGUUUAUUGAAUUUCCUUCUCUGGGCCUAGGUUGGGAACAGCCAGACCCAGUCCCUGAUCUCAUCUUAUUUCCAAAAGUGAGAGAGAGAGAGGGUCAUAGCCAAGCCAAUUGGCAAUACCACAUGCUGAGUUCCUAGGGUGACUAUGGGGAUACAUGGAUCUAACGUAAAUUUACAGGAAGUCAGAGAGAUUUCUGGAGACCAGGCUCAUCCCUCUUGAAGACAAAGGGAAAAUACGUGUUAGAAAAGGACAAGGCAUGUAAGGAGGCAGCAACUGCCUUGCAUGUGAAAAAGCUGGGGGAGAGAGACCCCAUGGACUUAGGAUUCUGCGCAGCUCCUGGAUGCUGUCGCAUCCUCUCAUCUACUUCCCUCCUGCUUCCCCAAGUGCCUUACAUCCAGCUUCUCCUUGGUACACUGCAAGCUCCUGGGGUCUAUAGAGACUGGGAGACGCAUCUCCAGAGGGCCCACCAAGUAGAUAUAACCCAAGAGGUAAGUGCCCUCAAAACUUCUUACAGACACUAAGAAGCCUGUAGGUGCCCAUAACAGAUCCCCCAAGCUGUGCAAGUCCAAGCCAGAGAGCAGGGGAAAGCUCCAGGUAACAGGAUGAAUGACAAGAGAUGCAUUAGUUCCAGUUGACUCCCUUCAUCCCUCAAUCUUCAGGCAUUUGGGAUCACCAUGGCAACCUUCCUCCAACAGGUCUCCAGAUGUCUCAGUCAUUCACAGUACUUCCAUAGGCAGAGUCAGAAUCCAUCUUUGUUUCUGUUGCCUUGUAGGACAGUAUUUUUUUUUUCAUGAGAUCACAUCACACACACACACACACACACACACACACACACACACACACACACACACACCCCAACUCCUUAAAGAGUCAGAGUUUGAGGAGCCUCUGGCCUUUCAAGGCUCACUUAAGAUGGUCCUGUCCUUCAUUAAGACUCAUACCAGUGAGCCCAAGUCCCCCAGGACACCCAUCCCCAGCACUUAGGCAGGUCAGGACCAAACCUAGGGUUAUUGCUAUGCUGCCACUAAUGUGAGUGCUAGUGCCUCAGUGAUGGGCUUGUAGAUCACGUUCCUUUCUCCUGUCAUGGGAGGUCAGCCCUGGGAUGGAGCCUCUCCUUCCUUGGUGCUUUCAUGUAAGGGAGCACACAGGUGAGCUCACAGCCAGCUCACUUGGAGUCCAUAACCCACACACCUCAUUGUCUGGGUACAGUUGUGAGAGCAGGGUCUUUGCAAACAUCACUGUCAGGUAUGUCUCAGUGGAAGGGAGUUUGGGGAUAAUCAUGACGCCAGGAAAUCGUCAAGUUCUAGACAUCUGCAGCCACAUCAGUACCUGCGUCCCACCUCCACCCCUCAAGCUAAGUCUUCAGUAGACAAAGAAGAACCUUUGAGAAAAAAAAAAAUUCCCAAAUAUUGGUCACCUCCUCCUACUGGGCUCCCCACGAGAGUGAGGGCCAGGAAAUGGGCUGAAUCACCCCCAAAGCAGCGCAUCUUGGAACUUUUUGCCAAAGACCAUUGCCUCGUGAAAGCCUGAGGUGGGGACAGUCUGUGAGUGAAGCCGGGCUGGAUGCCACAUUUCUGCAACAACGCCUCCUGGGCAGUGACUUUGACCAUCUCACUGGUCAGAAGACAGGACCAACAUCCACAGCACCAUCUCACCAGAACGUAUUACCUGCUCCUGUAGCUAUUCUGUUUUAGAGAAUUUAAUCUAAUUCUAAGCCUAAAGAAAUCAAUGUCAUGUUGAAUUGUAUUCUAUUUCACAGUGUCUGACAUGUUCUUCCUGUUUCACCAGGCAUUCGAAGACUGUACCCACAAAACCCCCUUCCUCUAAAAUGUUUCCCCAUUGCCACAUUUCCUCUCCCAAGAAGGAUGUCAGGGAGAAUAGAGACAGAGUGGUUUUCAUGCAUGGCUCCUCAGGUACCUCUCUGAGGUGAUGGUGGUGCAGAGGGGUCCCACAAGCCCAGUAUCGAGACCCAAAACUUGACCUGAUGACAUUACAUUCUAGAAUGAAUUUGUGGUCUAGAUGAGGCAGGCAGAUACCAGGUCCUGGACAGAUGCUCCAAACACAAAUCAAAGCAGAAAAUGAUCUACUGAGACUUACUUUCAUCUCCCAUCCCAGAAGCCUAUCUGUGCUUAGCCUGUGUGAGGAGCUGUCACUCUGUAACCAGGUUCCUUAGGUCUCCAGCAAGGGACCACAUAUCUGAGCGACUAUGCUCAGUUUUCCUGCAACCUGCAGGAACGUAUAAAAGGGACCCCAGGCCACCUCACAGUCCAGGUCUUCUAGGUUAAGGGAAAGACAAGUUCGCUAAAGGGUACCCCAGAAUGAGGCCAUCUCCCACUCUCCUGUGGGUUCCUCUGGAAAAGCUACCAAAGUGACUGCAAAAAAGAAGGGAGAUCCAUUAUCAAUGGUCCUUAUCUAUCAGUCACACAUACUAAGUUGAGAUUGUCUUCAAUAAAUAACAAAAUGCCAGUGGGAACUGUGCUCUUUUCCUGGGAUGCAUGGGAAGUGUUUCCAGCCAUAGCUCCAUCACUCACUCCUCAGUCCCUGGCCUCCUCUUCUCUGCUCCUUUCUUCAGACAUCAUCUCUGACAUUCCAAUUACCCAAACCCACAGCAGACAUCAGAACCUGGAUGAUAUAACAAAGGCAUUAGCUCUGACUUUCAGAAAGCAAUCAGGCUAAUCCUCAGAGAAGAGAGACAAGGGAAUCUUUGGGUGUGAUACAGUAUGAUCAUGGUGGGGGGACUCUUCAGGUGUGAUACAGUAUCAUCAUGGUGUGUGGGGGAACUCUUUGGGUAUGAUACAGUAUGAUUAUGGUGGGGGGACUCUUCAGGUGUGAUACAGUAUCAUGGUGAGGGAACUCUUCAAGUGUGAUACAGUAUCAUCAUGGUGGGUGGGGUACUCUUCGGGUAUGAUACAGUAUGAUCAUGGUGGGAGGAAUCAGGAAUGCUCAGAUGAUGAUACCCAAGCCAGCCUAACCCUGACCUGCCUCUCCAGGCCUCUGAAAUACAGAUAUGCCAGGUUUUCACAUCAGACUCAGGGGGGAGGAGGCCCAGGCAAGAGAAAAGUGGGGCUGCUCACUGGCUGGUAGGAGGAGAUAACCCCCACCUUGACCUCUGGUCCUAUUCUAUUUUGCAGUCUUGCCUUCAAAAUGUGACAGGUGCAUAUUUGUAAAAUAUGCCUGGGGUUAAGGGAUCAAGGGUUCCCCACACUUUUCAAGUGAACCCCCUACACUGUUUGGAGAUUCAAACUUCAACAAAUAGCACUGUGAUUCUGCCCCUUUCUGGAACCUUCCCUUCCCCAAUCUCCACCUUUUCUUUACUCUAAACACUUCUCUAGGACUAGAGAGAUGGCUCAGUAGUUAAGAGCACUGACUGCUCUUUGA